UUAAGAAAUAAUAUCUAUAGAUUUUUCAGUUUUUAUCAGCAGAUGAGACAAGGUGAAACAUUUCGAUUCUUGUUACCAUAAGGUAUAUGAAGUGUAUCAAUUUCAUCUUAAUCGAUGAUUGAAUAAUUCGCUCAUUCGUGUGAUGGGUUUAGAACUGAUGUGUAAAGACGUAACUAACAAAAACUAAUUGGUUAGGGUAAUUUGUGGUGUUAACUGUUAUAGUUGUCGUUUAUUAUUAAUUUUUUUGACUUCUAUGUAGUACAAUUAAUUAUUUUUUAUUUAAUUAAAAAUGGACCAAGUGGAUCUUCAAUUUUUUCCCAAAGAACAACAUUGUAUAAAUGAAAAUGAGGAGUACGGUACUUCAGAUGAAAAUGAACGACCAUCGGGUGAAAGAUGGGCACCAGUGGGGGCUAAUGAUGUUGACGAUGACUUCAAUAGCGAAUGCAAAUACAAUGAUAACAUGGAGAUUCUUUCAUACAAUAUGGACAGACUUAAAGUAUUAGAAGAGGAACAAGACGUGCUCAAUUCGUCACUAAUUGCAUUAACUACACAUUUUGCUCAGGUUCAAUUUCGUCUACGGCAAAUAGUUGACGCACCUACAGAUCAAAAAGAAAGUUUAUUGAAAGAAUUAGAAGAAUUUGCAUUUCGUGGAAUUCCAGAUGUCUCCAACAUUUUAUCUUAUAAAUCUGACGCAAACAAAGCUCUUGUAUCAUCAACAGAAACAUCACUACACAAAAGCUUUGAAAAGUGUACUGACACUGAAGUAGAAUCUAAAAUUGCACAGCAAAAAACCAAACAAAAAGAACUGAUCAAUCAAUUAAAGAUACAAUUGGAAGAUUUAGAACGUUAUGCUUAUGAAACUGAUGGUCAAGAUUUGCCGCAGAGUGUUAUACUAGAACGACAAAAUUUAUUAAUAAAUCAUCUUAAAGAAAAACUUAACUUUGAAGUUGAUGAUUUGUGCAAAUUACCAAUUGACGAUCUAAGAUGGCAAGUUGAUCAUGCUAUAAAUGAGAUUGUGAAUCCAUUGAAAAUGAAAGAACAAUUGGUAAAUCAAUUAAAAACUCAAGUAUCAGAUUUGGAACGUUUUAUUCAUUAUCUCCAAGGUGAAGUGAGCACAGAAACAUUUGUUUGCACCUGUACAUGCUCUGUUCAUAAGAACAGUGCAAGGAUACCUGCAAAAAAAUUAAAAAAAUCAUUUUCCCAAAAACAAACAAAUGAUGGCAAUCACACAAAAACACUUAAUACUGUAAGAAAAGUCAUAACACUAUUACAUCUUUAUUUACUGUCUCAAUUGGGUUGUGGGAGUGAUCAAGUUCGACGGGAUAUUAAUAAAAAUUCAGGUGUUCCUGUGUGGCGAGAUUUAAGGACUCGAUUAGAUAUUGCCGUAGAGCAUGUAUUGGAAAACGUAGCAGAUAUGGAACGUAAUAACGAUGCUAAAGAUUAUAGUAAUUAUAGUUCUGAUCUAGAAAUGAUUAAAGCGCAAUUCAAUGCACGAAUCACUGCGGCAGUGAGAAAACAUCUAGCAAUUUCUAUAAAAGAUUUAAUACAACAUGGACUCACUUAUGACAUUCGCGCUAGUAAUAGUGUUGUACCUUUUGUUGGUUGUUUUCCCCCAAAAAAAACAGUGUCUCAUAAUUUUAUGCACGCGUGGGAAUUAAUAAUUAAGUAUUAUGAAAUAAAAAAUGGUCAUUUGUAUAAUUCUAGUCCGGCACAAAGAUUAUCCCAAAGCUUUAAUUUAGAUCUUGUCAAUGGAAGAAAUGCUUCUCCAAAGCAGACUUUAUUAAUCACUAUUGGAAACAUCAUUGCUACACAUACACCUUACAAGAGAAGUCAUAACUCUCAUUUCAAAGCCUUUAUUUGUGCAGCAUUAAAGAGGCCGUUUUCUCACCCUUUAGGGUAUAUAGGCGCAACAAAACCUUUAUCUCCUCACUAGACGAUACCUCUAAUCAAAAAAUGUAAUCAAAUGUCCAAGAGUGGACGUUAACCAGAGAAGAGUUUCAAGAACUCACCCCAUUGACGCUUGGUGUCUAACGACGACCAUUACGAGUCCAUACCUCUACAGGUCAAACACUCCUAUCAUCUCAGGAAAUAAAGAAACUCUGGUCGAAGUGGGCUUGGAGAGGCCCCCGGUGGCAUCAAUUCCCUCUAUUGGUAAAUAGGUUGCUUCAGGACACAAGGGUAAAACGCAACCUCGUCUUGACACCCUAAGAUGCGUCCCUCCCAUUUGCAAUCAUUCAGUUACGACCAAGCUAUUAUCCACUUGUUCAGUUCUUGAUGAAUUUCCUACUCUUCGAGACGUUAGUCAUUUUGAUUUUAUGAGAUACAUCAAAGUUGGAUCUUUGAUCGUGGCUAUUUUGGCAUACGCAGAUAUAAAAGACUGUUCCAUCUUUAUAAGGAUGCUGACAAUGAGCACGAUAAGCUUACAUGGUAGCCUGAGUGAAGUUUGCCAGUUUCAAACUGAAGAUUAUGAUAUAUCUCGUUUGUAGUCUUCUUUUACCGUCAUGUUCUAUUCAACAGGGGAUGAGGACUAUGGCAUAAAUAUCACGAGUGGUUGUAUCGAAGAACAUAAUAUCAGGUUUAUUGUGGUCAAUUUUUUAAGUUUGAGUCAGCGUUUUUCUGGUAAAAACGAUGAUUUCGAGAAAUAAAUUAAGAAAUUAUACUUGCGAUGAUAAUGCACGUGGCAAAGCGAUUGAUAACAAAGUGAUAAGUUGAUGCGUAAUACUUAAGAGCUAAAUAAACAAAAUAUGUAAUCCGAGUGUCUUUUCAAUAAUGGCCAGAAGCGUUAAAGGGUUAAAACUCUGGACCAGACUGAAUGCUAAAUGAAUUGAAAUUCGUGUUACUCUGAAAGCGUCCACUCAAAAAAAAAAGGAAACUAAUCUUAGAUUCGAUUAAAGUUUAUAGUUAUGUAAUAUCCAUAUCUUGUGAAUUAAAUACAGUUUUUAACUCUCCAUCUAUCCAAUUAAAAUCAAAAAAGCUUAUACGACUAGACAAUUGUAAUUUUUUUUCAGAAUUUAUUUACUAAAAUAAAAAUUUCGUAUUAAAUAAAAAAUAAAGAAAGAGAUGAAUUAAAUGAACUGGAAAUAAGUCGCAGGUGGUAACUGGCAACACUGUGCAGGAAAUCCGAACAAAUUUUACACCUGAGCUUACUCACGUUAACGGCUAAUCGCCGCGUUUCUCAGGUUUUCCAACGUUGAAAAAUUAUUUUUCUAAUAUUUAAAAUUACAGAAAAAUAAUCAUCAUUCACUCAUUCGAUACUAAAAAGUAGAGUAAAAAACUCAUAAAAUUGCAAAAGACUAAGAAAUUUAUUUUCUUUUCAAAUAAUCUUUUAAUAAGAAUUGCGCUGUUGGGCUUAUAGCGCGACGGACGAAGGGUUAAUCUAAAAUAAAAAUGAAUUUUCUACCUUUUAACACAACUAUCUCAAUUCAUUGAAAAUUUACGAUGAUAAUAUCAUCAAUUCAUUUAAUAUUGUGUAAUAUAUUCCCUUCACACUUUUCCCAGGCUUAGAUCUGGCAGUAGAAUAUAAUUGCUCCAACCAUCGACUCUUAUUCUGGUUUGGAAAUUUCCGGAUCGUGACUUGUCUAUCUCCUCUUUGGUCUAAAACACUAAAAUUAUAUUUUUGAUUAUCAUGCUGUAAAGAAUGAUAUUUUACUUCUGUCGAUUCCAAUUCUGUUGGCUUCGUCAGCUGAUCGUAUUUCCUGUAGUUCUCAGGAAAAUCUCCUUCAAUUGAUUUUCUCAGGAGUUGAUGGUGGUUUUAAUGUAUAAAUGUCUUUAUCACUGAAGCAUUGAAGCCAAUGAAGAUGCUGAGUCAACUAUAGUAACUGAAAUCGUCAAAAUGAAAUAUCUAAACAAUAUCAACAAAUAUUUGAGGUUAUUAGUUAACACUGCGAUGUACACACUAACAAGUUUCACGAAGAAAUAAUAAAAAUGGCUAAACUAUAGACUUCCUCACGUAGUAUAUCAGUGCGCCCUCAUGUACGCGAACGAUGAAUUAAAAAUAGAAAAUGAUCGUUAUUGCUGAUAAAAUAAGUUUAAUUAUUCUUUAUUUACUUUGUGUUUUACCAUAAUUUUACCAAUUUCAAUAAAGGCUGAAUUUUUUGAAAAAUAGAUUAUUAAAAUUUUGUUUUGCUCGUAAUGUUUCAAAAGAUAAAUAGAUGAAAUGUUCAUUGCAUCAUUAUACGACUCAAAGAGAGAAAUGCGCGACCGCAGUCGCACCGUAGCAACGAUGGAUAGAGCCGAGCUGUGAGAACCUGUUUAUAACAGUAAAAUUUUAUAUUUUCCGUGUAUUCUCCGAUUUUUUUACGCUGCCAUUGUUUCCCUAGGAGUUAAAUUUUUGUAAAAAAAAUAAGUUCUUUUACAAUAACUUUUUUGCAAGUUGAGCUAUCGAGUUCAGUCAGAGCUCAAAAAACGCCUUUUUAUUCUCUACAAAAAUAUGUCAAUAGUUAUACGAACAUAUUAAUAUUUAUUGUGGAUAUAGUUUAUUGUUUUUAAAUGUGCGAUUUUGACUAAAAAUUUAUUAUUAAAAGAGUUUUUAAUCUUUUGAAUUACAAUAUAAUGCACGGUUUACAUGAUUCUUUUCUUUCAAAAUGAUAGGUUGGACGAUCUAAUCCGAUGAAUAGUUUUCAUUUUAGAGCUGUGUGUUCACGCAGUCACGACAAAGAAAUUGUUUCCUUUUUAGAGAUAAUCGCACAGUGUUUAUUUUUCCGGUGACAGUUAUUUUUUUCUUGCUAUUUAUAUUGUUUAGAACAACUCCACAAAAUUUCAAAUUUGUCCACUGUACCAUUCUUUUAAGACUCCUGGACUCUACAAUAUACUUCUGAGAGAUAUAUUUUUUUCCAUGAAGUUGAAUGAGACUUCGAGCGGGUGCUUAUGACUGACCAAUUACAAACAUCUCCAAAUUGGCUAAUUUUGCCCAUUUUUUCGAUUA